AUGUCUUCUUCAAUCCCACCUGAAGCACCUGGCAAUAUUCGAAUCCUCACACUCAACUGCUGGGGUCUGAAGUACAUUGCCAAGUACCGCCAUGAACGCAUGUCGGAGAUUGGGCGGCAGCUGGCAUUAGCCAGCCCGCCACCAGAGAUAGUCGGACUGCAAGAAUGUUGGACGCAUAGGGACUUUGAAAGCAUUCGCGAACAAACCAAACACCUACUACCAUAUGGAAAGUUUUAUUAUGGAGGCAUAUUCGGCGCGGGAUUGGCAAUUUUGUCCAAGUGGCCUAUUGAGGAAAGCAGCAUGUUUGGAUACCCACUGAACGGCCGGCCAACAGCGUUCUUCCGGGGCGAUUGGUUUGUAGGCAAAGGUGUGGCCUCUGCAAGAAUCAGAUUUGGCCCUGGCACUGCCGAUGUGGCAGAGGUGUUCUGUACACAUUUACACGCCCCAUACGAGCGCGAACCAAACGACUCCUACAUAUGCCACCGAACCGCACAGGCAUGGGAAAUUUCCAAGCUUAUGCGAGGUGCUGCUGAGCGCGGUCAUCUAGUCAUCGGUCUGGGUGACUUCAACAUGCUUCCUUCCUCUUUCGCCCAUCGUCUAAUCACAGCUCAGAGUCCUGUGCGUGAUGCCUGGCGCGAGAUCCACCCUGAUUCCUCGCUUGCGGCAGCAAUUGAUCCCGUUGAAAAGGCUCGCAAUAGGCCUGUUCCUACCGCAGAGUUCAAUCUCUCUGAGAAUGGAGCUACCUGUGAUGGGUCGUUCAACACAUGGCGCUGGUCUGAGAAUAUGCGCAAGCGCCUGGCCAAGGGCGAGGAUAUUGUGAUUGACAAGGACACCCCGGACCCACGUGGCAAGCGUCUAGACUAUAUCUUUGUCGGUGAUGGUGGCUAUCCACCUGCGUUCCCACCAUCGCGUUGGUCUGUUGAAUCUGUGGAAGUCUCCAUGACACAGCGCCAUCCCACCCUCCUCUGCUCGCUGAGUGAUCACUUUGCUGUUGAAGCUGUCAUUACACGAUCUUCAACGGGGCAUGGAGAGUCUGACUCCGACUCCGAUGCCGCACCCGGAUCUGCAAACUCUCCUACCCUUCACACAACAUCCUCAAAACAAGUCUCCCCCAAUGCUGCCCUGUCUCCCGAAACCUACGAUCACAUCAUUGGAAUGACGCACAAGUAUGUUGACCGAGAACGCUCACAACGCCGCUGGCGCAUGGCGCAUUUCAUUGCAUCAAUCGUCAUCUCGAUCGGGUGCAUGGUCGGGGUGUGGUGGGUCGGCAACCGCACCUAUAUUGGGUUCUUGCUUAUCCUAAUCAGCACGUUGAAUUUCGCCGCUGGAGUUCUGGAUGGCUUGAUCGGUGGAUUGUUCAUGUCAAGUGAGCUACGUGCUUUGAAAGAGUUUGAGUGGGAGGUACGAAAUGCACAGAGACUGGUGAUAGCUGCUGAGGGCAGUUUUUCAGCAAAAGUUGAGGAUGACCAGAAGGAUUAA